GGGUGAGUGGGGAGACCGUAAAAAUAGUAAGCGAAUAAAAUGGAUGAGUUCUUGCUCCAUGGGAUUAAGGACUGUAAAGACAACACUCCCAGCAGAGACAUUCAGCACUAAGGUCAGUGAGGUUAAGGUCCAUUUGGUGAAUUGUGAACAUCAGAACAUCAGCUCUGUAACGUAGAUGGUGUUGGUGCAUGGAAUCAAACCAGUGUUUUAUCAGCUACUGGAAGCCUCAGUUCUUUAGUGACGAUGAUGUUCAGGGCAAUGGGACAAAUCCUGGUGAAUAUUGUAGCAGAAAUCAGGACUCUCAGGACUCUUCUUCUCCUGCUGUGCUGUUUACUGUGUGAAGCUGGAGACGAGACGGUCACACUGCAGGAAGUGGAAGGAACCACUAUAACUCUCCAUACUGGGAUAACUGGGAUUCAGAGUCAUGCUCGUAUUCAGUGGUUUUAUGGACCUGAAAAACUAGAGGAAAAGAUAUUGAACAGUCAUGUGUAUAAAGGAGAAACUGUUACAGACAUCAGUGAGAGAUUUAAAGAGCGACUGCAGCUGGACAGAAUCAGUGGAGCUUUAACCAUCAGGAACAUCAGCAGAACUGAUUCUGGAGUUUAUUUAUUACACGUCAUCACUGGACGUGUCUCAUCUAGGACUUUUAUUGUCAGUGUUUAUGCUCCAGUAUCAACUCCAGUAAUAAUAAAUGAAAGAGGAAAGCCAAGUGUGAUUUCCACAGAGUCGUGUUUCCUCCUGUGUUCUGUGGAGAAUGGAGAAGAUGUGAAGUUAUCCUGGUACAGAGAGAAUGAGAGAAUCUCCAUCACCAAUAACACAGAUCUCAGUGUUCCCCUCAAUCUCCCACUUCAAAUACAACACCAUGACACUAACACUUACAUCUGUGUGUCUGCAAACCCUGUCAGCAAUAAAACAACUUCUCUCAUCAUCACACAGCUCUGUGACGUCUCAGUCUUUACAGAUAAAUUUGAUUCUUUCCCUUUACUGCUUCCUGCUCUGAUAUUUGCUGGAGUUUUUGUGAAGAAGAGGAGAGGAAAGAUAAAAAAGAAGACCGAGUGGUGGAAGUUGAAAAAGGAAGAAUAUAAGGAAUUCAGACUGAAACUGAUACAGGCUUUGGCUGGUCAGGAGGAACUUCCAGAUGACUGGAAAACUACAUCAGAAGUGAUCAGGUAG